AUGAAGACGAAGAGGAAGAGGUCCGAAUUCGGAUGGCUCUUUGGGCUGAAACUUGAUCAAUUGGAUGCUUGGGAUGGUGGUGGUGUCGUGUGUGAAAAAGCAAGAAGAAGAAGGAAAAGCAGAAUAAGAAUAAGAAGAAAAAAAGGAAGAAAAAAGGAAGAGGAGCCGAAAAGAUAUGCGACUGAGAUUGUCGCCGGAGGAGCAAGCGAGAAAAGAGCAAUGAGAUGA